UAGAGUGAAAUUUGUUUACAUACCAAUUAUGAGCGGAAAAAAUGAAGUGCAAUAUAAUUGCUGCAUUUCUCUCGAGUGAGAGCAGUGUAGUGUGGCAAGUCAGAGGGACGCGAUGUAAGACUGUCUUCUCUAAGUGCCAGCGCUAACGUUGAUGUACAACACGCAAAAUGAAGUCAACAAGGCACAUUGCAGACCUAUUGCAAAUAAGCUUAAUAUUACUUAUUUCGACAUCCAAAGCAGACAAAGGGAGAGAGAUAAUUACAACAGGGAGAACUAAGGUGGAGAGUUCGAAUUAUCCGCAAAAGUACUCACCAAAUGAGGACAAGGAAUGGAUAUUCAACCAGACGACAGGGAUGUGGGUGAUGACAAUACAACAACUCCAGCUGCAGGAAUCUACGCAGUGCCAGAGCGACUAUUUAAUAAUACGUCUGUCAAAGUCCUCUCAGUCGACUCCUAUAAAGCUUUGUGGUAGCGCUGAUACUGGUCGCACGUUUGUCUCAGAGGGCCCUUUCCUUCGUCUUGAAUUUCAUUCCGACUCCAAGUAUGAAGAGAAGGGAUUCUCCAUUGAAGUGCAGCACGUUAUGAAUGAAGCCGAUGCAAAAAUUGUUUUGAGUCGAAAAAAAGGCACGGAGAUCAAGUUGGUGACUCAUGUGGAGAAUGAGGGGCUGUUUAUCGUACUUCUGGGGGUAUUGGCUCUCGCUGCACUCGUUUUCUUCGCAAUGUUGGGAUGUUUCAUCGUGGGAGUAAUGAAGAGACGUCACGAGAGAGUGAUUCAGCGGGACAUGAUCACACGUCUGCAGACUCAGACCGGUAACACAGCCGUGAUGGGUAGACGGUACAGUCGAAAGGGAUCCAUGAAAGAGCACAACAGACCGGACUUCCUGCGCAGCUUCUCCAAUCAAAGCACAACCGGACUUCUUAGUUACCAAUCUGCUGGCUAUCCUCAAACUGCAGAACACGUGUAAUGAGCGCAUGCUUGUCGUCUUCAGAACAGCAAUGGUAGUCAACCAUGUUGAAACGACAUCAAUUUUAUGUAUGAUUACGAGGACGUAAUUUUUUUUAUAUGUUCAAAGUCCCAUGACAUCAAACGGUUUACAAAGUUAAUGUACAACCAAAGAUCACGAUUCAUGUUUGAAUUUUUGUUGUGAUAACAAUCUCUUGAAUCUUUAAGCAUGAUCACCAUAACACGUGUCAGGAGAUUGGAUCUUCAUAAGUAGUCACGUGUUUUAGAAUUUUUGACUACAAGUUCCAAUAUGUAGUUUAGCAGACACAAUGUUGACACAUCUCUGCAUGUUUAGUUUUAAAAUGAGAUAUAAACAUGCAUAAAAAAAUUGUUGGAAGUGUAUACUUGUAUCAUUUUACCAUAUAUGAUGGUCACUGCCAACAUUUUGUUUAUUCUGGGGGACCAAUCUUAUUUUUAAAAGUUGUCCGUAAAAAUUGUUCACGGAAUACACGCACAUAGUUUUUUGUUCAUUUUGUGCCACACCAUUUUCGUUAAGAGCACCACUCAUCUGUUUUUAUUUUUGGAUUUCCGUCGUUGUGACGAGGAAGUGCCGCAUUUUCUGACAUCUUUUCAUGUUUGUUAUCGUUGUUUGAUGUACAGUUGUAAUUAUGUCCUUUUUGUAUUAACAGACCUUGUGUUUCAGGAGGUAGAAUGAAUAAGCUUGUUUUUGAAUGGUACAGAUAUAGCUGGUUCUAUAUACGGGUUUUGUUGUAUCACUUUGUGCAUACUGCCUUUUAUGUUUUUAAUUUUACAAUUACAAUUUAAUCAUGGUACAAUAAAUAUUGAAAAAUUACAAGAA